AUGUCAAGAAAAUCUAUUGUGCAGUUAAAAAGGUCUGAGGUAAAGCGGAAACGAAGUCGCAUUGCUAGUAGCACGAGUGAGGGGAGAACCUUUCAUAGAAGCACACACGCAUCCUUCAAAAGGCAAAGAACCUUGACAGAGUUUAACAUUCCCACUUCUUCGAACUUGCCUGUCCGUUCCAGUUCGUAUUCGCUUUCAAGGUUCGAUCUUCCAACGUCUAAUAAGAACAUAGAACCAGUAAUAAUUGAUGACAACGACCAUAAAAGCGUUUGCCUUGAUAACGCUGGAAAGGUUGAAAUAAUUAUAGACACAGACGAGGAAGAUCUGGUUAGCUUACAUGAUAAUGAAGUGAAAGGGUUAGAAAGUAGGACCGAAGAACGGAUAGAAGAUCGAAUAGUAACCGAAUUGAAGGAGCAAAUAAAUGUUGAAAUCUCUACAGAAGUUAUCCAAUGCCCUAUUUGCCUAGAAAACCUUUCUCACUUAGAAUUGUACGAAAGGGAGACGCACUGUGAUACUUGCAUAGGUAGUGACCCGAGCAACAUGGGAACGCCUAAAAAGAAUGUUAAGAGCAUCAUUUCUGACCCAUCCCCUCCAACAAAAGCGAAGAGACACCCAACUGCAUCAAAGAAACCAACAAGAGUAAAACUUGUUUUACCAAAUUUCAAGAUAAUUAAGUUUAAUAAUGGUCACGAAGUAGUUGUGGAUGGUUUUAAUUAUAGAGCCAGCGAGACUAUCUCUCAAUACUUUCUUUCUCAUUUUCAUUCUGAUCACUAUAUUGGGCUCAAAAAAUCAUGGAACAAUCCUGAUGAGAAUCCAAUCAAGAAAACACUUUACUGUUCUAAGAUUACUGCGAUUUUAGUAAAUUUAAAAUUCAAAAUUCCAAUGGAUGAGAUCCGAAUCCUACCCAUGAAUAAACGCUUCUGGAUAACAGAUACAAUUUCAGUAGUUGCGUUGGACGCUAACCAUUGCCCCGGUGCAAUAAUAAUGCUUUUUCAGGAAUUUCUGGCAAAUUCAUUUGAUAAGCCUAUAAGACAAAUUCUUCAUACGGGGGAUUUUCGAAGUAAUGCCAAAAUGAUUAAGGCAAUUCAGAAGUGGUUGGCCGAGACAACGAAUGACAAUGUUGAUCAAGUUUAUUUGGAUACAACAUAUCUAACUAUGGGAUAUAACUUUCCUUCACAGCAUUCUGUAUGCAAUACUGUGGCUGAUUUUACGUUGCGGCUUAUCAAGCAUGGCAAAAACAAAACAUUUGGGGAUUCACAAAGGAGCCUAUUUCACUUUCAGAAAAAGAGAACAUUGGCAACACAUCGUCACAGAUUUCUAUUUCUUGUGGGGACAUACACUAUUGGAAAAGAGAAGUUAGCUAUCAGGAUAUGUGAACUUUUGAAAACAAAAUUAUUUGUUAUGCCGAAUUCCGUUAAAUUUUCAAUGAUUCAGAUAGUUUUACAAAACAACGAAAACCAAAAUGAGACAUGGGACGACAGCUUACUCACCAGCAAUCUGCAUGAAUCAUCCGUACAUUUGGUACCUAUAAGAGUAUUGAAGAGUCAAGAAACUAUUGAAACUUAUUUGAAAAGUUUAAAAGAUUUGGAAACAGACUACUUGAAAGACAUUGAAGAUGUUGUCGGGUUUAUACCUACGGGAUGGAGCCAUAAUUUUGGUUUGAAAUAUCAAAAAAAUAGCGAUGAUGAUAACGAGAUGGGUGACAAUAUGGGAUAUUGUUUAGAACUAAUGAAGAAUGAUCGAGAUGAUGGUGGUGAGAAUGAAUUUGAUAUUUCGAGUAUACUGAGGCAGUACAAAAAGUACAGCAAAUUUCAGGUUUUUAACGUGCCGUAUUCUGAACACAGUAGUUUUGACGAUUUAGUUAAAUUUGGUUGUAAAUUGAAGUGGUCCGAAAUCAUACCCACCGUGAAUCUAAACAAUUUAUGGAAGGUAACGUAUAUGACGAAUUGGUUUCAAUGUUGGGAUAAGGUUAGGGAAAUGCGGGCGGCUAAAUAA